AUGACACCAGAGACGUAUCCUUUCUACAUUAUAGUAAAUGCCUACAUUGCGUGUAAGAUUGCCGUUCGUGACACAAAAGUGGGAAAAUUAUGUCAAUAGUCGAAUAUGCGUUUUCAAUGAAAUGAACUUUAUUAUCAGGAAUUAAUGAAAAGCAUGGAGGAUGACAUUGAUAUUUAUGGAGAUUUGCCAGACUUUGGACCAGAGUUUAGUAAAAACGUAAGCAUCGAGCAAUCGGAUUGGGCUUUACAGUUUUAGGUUAUGUUGUGAUUUUUACAUUCGUAUAUAAAAUAUACGGCUGCAAACUGUACGUGCAAGUGUAAUUCUGUAUCACGCUGUUUUAGUUUGUAUCAAAUAACGAGGAAAACAUCGCGGAGAAACAAUCGGAGCUGAAAAAGCAGAUUGCAGAACUUACGGCGAAAUUGGAGAAUUCUCAAAUGGUGAAUAAAAGUUUAGAAAUUAAUUUAUUCUCGUUGUUGAAAACUGCAAAAGCAGAAAUUGCACGGAAGGAUAAGACGAUCGACGAGUUGAGAAAAAGAUUAGAUGAUGCAACGUUCAGAAAGAGUUCGUACUCUAACGAACAUGUUACACGUAAAUCCAGCUUUUGCAGGACCGUUGCAAAUACAAAUACACAUCAAAAAUCAAUCGACAUUUGCUUUUCUGCUGACGAAAAGAGUGGCGAAACGUCGUCGGUGGCAACUAGUUUGUCUAAUCAGAGCAAAGAUCAACAAAACAAAUCCACCUUAGUUCCAAUUACCGUUUUCGGCGAACGAUUGCUCAAAAGAAUGACGGACGAACAGAAUUUGGAAAAGAAAGAUAAAUCGAACAAGUUGAUAACAAACAGUGAUAAGAACGACGAUAAGAACAACACAGGAUAUACAGUUGAAAGCGACAAAGAGAAUGGUUCUUCGCGCGACACUACUAACUUUGAUACAAAUAUAAAUACAAAGGAGAUGCAAGCUUCCGCGACUGCACAACACAAAGGGAGUGAAAAUCUGUUGGCAGGUUCGGAAAGUCCUGAAAGAUGUCCAAAAGAUGUCCGGUCGAACGAUAAAAACGAGACGAGCUCUACGUUUCAAAGAAAACCGAAAACGUCGGCCACCUACACGGGGAAAAGAAGAGCAAACGAAGAAGGGAAUGGGCACGUUCACGUGAAACGAGUAAAAUCUAGCAGAGAGAAAGAAAGUAGCAGCUUCGAAGCAACAAAGAAAGAAACGGAUAAUAAUAUAAACAUAGUGUUCUCCGAAUCCAAGGAGAAGUCAUCGGCAUUCCCUCGUUACAGCGACUUUGGAUUCUCCGACUUUUGUCCCAAUGAAAAAGGUCGCGACAAAAAGUAUUCGGAAUACGCUCGUACUUGGAGCAACAUGGAACUGAAGAAACACGGAUGCUUCAACGUGCGAAUUCACGAUGCGAAUAAAGCAGACGAGAAGAGAGACGCGAAGAACAAACACACAGACACGAACGAUCGUUUGUUGAAACGACGUGAGAAGUCUGCCCAAAGUUCAACAUCUAUUUCAGACAAGAAGAAAGACACGAGUUAUCGUUGCGUCGAGGUCUACGAGAAAGAUAGUUUCCAUCGACACGGUCACAGCGAGCAUCGUGGCAGUAGAGAUAAACAAAGGGACUAUCAUCGCACGGAUGAUCAUCGACCGUCGCGUGCGAAAUCAACGUUGUAUCGAGAGGAGAAAUACCACAGGAGUCAGUAUCACAGCAAGAACAGCGAUCACGAUGGUGGAUCAAAGCUGGUGGAGGAACGUAAUUGUAAUCUUCGGAAUAAUGGCGCGGCAAAUAAAUCGAAAAUUUGUAAAAAAGAUUCGUACAACGACGACAGGCAAACGAAGCGUUCUACCACCAUUGAUCGAACGUCAACGGAUCAGAGGAGAUUCGACGAGAUAAGAAAGGCCGAAUGUCGGCACACGAACGAGCACGAACGAGCACGAAAAAUACGGAAUAUCGUUAAGUCGAUCAGACGACACGAGGAGAGUAGAACAGAACAAGAAGGCGAACAACAAGGCGAAUGUUCGCGUCGCAACUUUGACGCGGAAAAUUUGGAUACGGAGCAUGCAAGAUAUGGCCAGGUCGCGAAAGAGAUCGAUGGAAAAAGAAACAGUGGAUCCACUACAGAAGAAGCGGCAAAUGCUCUGGGAAUUGGUAAUUCAGGAAUUAACAAUCGGCGGAAACACGGCGGAAAGGAAUUAAAGAAUCGGUCGAUAAGUUUGGAAGGCGAUGAAAUGUUGUCAGACAGGCGAAAUAGAAAUUCGUCGAGAGAUGACAUGACGUGCGACGUGGGACCACGUGCGGCAGAAGAAGAUGCUUCUUUGAACGCAGCGAACGACACGUCGAUAAAGAGAAUUGGAACUGCGAGAAACGAAACGGAGAGAUGGGAAGCAUCUGGCGACAAUGUUCCGCGAACAAUUCCAAUCUUAGAUACCAACGUCGCGUGUUUUCCCGGCGAAAAAAACAUUUCCAAAAACAUCGAAAGCGUCGAAAACAUUGAAAACUUUAUUCGCAGUUCUGUUUUCACGCGCGACAACAAAGCGCUCGAGAACGUGUCAGGAACGUCGAACGCCAACGCCAACGCCAACGCCAACGCUUUUAUUGAUAAUUCACAGUCGGGCUCGAUAAAAGAGGAAAAAGUGGAAAUGCAAGGAAACGCAAACGCCCCGAAUGCUUCGUCCGACGACGCUGUGAUGUCGUUUGUCGAAAAUCUUCAAAUCACGGAUAACGACGACGUCAGCAACGUCGCCACGUCGAACGAAAAUCAAAGAUUGAAGAUGGAAGAGUCGAGCCUAAAGCUGGAAACGGUCUCGAAUAACACGGAAUGGCAAACGGAAAAGAAUAACGCGAGGAAAGCGACUGCUGGUGCUGACGAUAUUGGGAACAUUGAUUGCGAUCGCGACGAGAACGAGAAUGCAAGCAUUGCGAUGGAAAUGGUGAGAAGAAGAACGUUGGGAGGAGAAGAGCGUGUAGACAAAGUACGUACAGGGAAGAGAGAAGAAUCAUCAAGGAAUGAAAUGGAAUUGAAAGAACAUGAUUUGGAGAAAAGUAUAAAUCGUAGUAACAACAACGAGAGCAGCGGAAAAGAUUCGAUGAACGUUUACGGGAAGAUUGUUGUAUUCGCGCGUCGCAAGAAACCCGUCUGCUUGGCAGACAGCAACGCGAACAUGACUGUUCUUAUAAACAACAACAACAACAACAACAAACAACGCGAUGACACUGGCGGCGUUGAUCUAUCCAUUGGAGAUGAAGUAGUUUGA